GCACACCAGCGUGGUGUGUCCUGGUUUUGGGCGGGAAAUGCUCAUGUGACAAAUAUCUAUGGCACUAGGGCACUAUUAGUAUGGCAUGCUGUAGUUGUACUAGCCGUUUGUAUUACUUCUAGUUAAAAGUUACGCGAGAAUGCUGGCCUCUCCGCAAUCGGCGGAUUUCUGCCUUAUACGGUGCCGCCGCGUGGAAGAAAAAAAAAGCACAGGUGCACAGCCCCUUUCACGGACCCGAACUUUUCAUUAAAUGUCGUUGAGCUUUCUUGAGUCCGCUCCCUCCAGCCUCUCACUCCCACGCCGCCUCUGCCCGCCUCCAGUCCCGCUUCCCCCUCGCACUCGCCGCCGGCAUUCCGGCAGUUCCUGCUCCGGGCCUUCCAGAGGGUAGCGCCGCGAUGGGCAACCCAGGCACCUCCGCCAACCCCGUCGUGCGCCACUGCCUCUCGCCGCAUCUCGUGGGGCAGCCGUCGGUGCCACGCGCCCUGGAUUCGCUAGACCUAGCCUCCGUCGCCGCGCCGUCCGGGUACCGCCGCCUCUUGCCGUCGCUCCGGCCGCCGCGCCUCCCUUCGCCCGACGCGGGCUGCAGUUAGAUUCUGUGCCAUCUGCCAGGGGAUUAUUGGAUUUGGAGGUCGAUGGAUUUGGUAGUCCAUGUUUUAUGCGCAGCAGCAUUGUUGUGUUUGCAUCGGAGUCGCGUCGAGCUGCGUCCGCCUCUCUCUCUUCGCUUCCCAUCUGCCCGCGCCGCCUCCGCCUACGCCGCUCAGCGACCUAGCUCUCCUGGUCUCUCGUCGGCGCAUUCGCACCGCGCUGGCCACAAACUUCGCCGCCGCCACAGCGACUGUAUCCGACCAUCCGAGGGCGCGGCAGCCUUGCAUCCCACACCCGCCAGUGCCCAGCCCUUCGCCUCGGCGGUGACCACGCUGGAGAAGAAGCCUUGAGCCUGCACUUAAUCUGAGACUAGAAAAUUGGGCUCAAUCACGGGUCGUGUCGUCCCGACGGACGGAGGAGGACCGCCGCUAGAGCUCGUGUUGUCGCGCCAGCUGCUCCCAUCACUCGUAUAUAUUACUACGAAGUAACCCUAACUGCCACCAGCCUCAGCCUCCCCUCUCGGCUCCCCCACACGGCACUCCAGCCCCUAGCCUGCCACUCAAACAGUACACCACCGCCACAAGCCCAGGCCGAAUAAGUCUACAGGGCAGCAGGGCUACCGCUGCCGCCUCACUUCGCCGGCAAAGAACGCCCUCCAGAUCUACCCCUGCGAUGGAGUCCACGGUGAACCCGAAGGCGUACCCGCUGGCUGAUGCGCAGCUAACGAUGGGUAUCCUCGAUAUCAUCCAGCACUCCACCAACUACAAGCAGCUCAAGAAGGGAGCGAACGAAGCGACGAAUACCCUGAAUAGGGGGAUAUCAGAGUUUGUUGUGAUGGCGGCGGAUACAGAGCCUCUUGAGAUCCUACUCCACCUCCCCUUAUUAGCUGAGGAUAAGGUACGUGCUGGGAAUACAAGAUAAAAUCAUCAGCUCCGAAAAGGGUGAGUGUUGGAGCUGCCCCCUCCUCACUCCUUGACAAGGGUGGAGGAUGGACCUACUCCAGAGUGUUUGAGAUCAUGGGCCAUAACUGGUAUGCUCUUUUGAACAGUUUUCAUUGCAUCACAAAUUUCUUGUAACUGCAGCAGUUUCUGCAGAUUCUCAGUGUGCAUGGAAAUCACAGCGAGCAUCAUGGUAGAUUGUCCUGACAAUAUAAGCAUCAAGUUCACAACAUUGUAUCUCUAAUAAUACAUUUAGUUUCUGUUUUUGUUUUGUAUACACUAGAAUACUCUGUACAUGACAAUCUGUACAUAUGUUCUCUUUUUUGUGGGGUUGUGUGUGCUACAUUAUAAAACAGGGUUCGAAAAAGAAAGGGAUAGCAUCUUUGAAGGUCAGUUAAGUUGAGUUGUAGCUCAACUAGACUCACAAAGGCUCGAGCUUAAGUGCUUAACAUAUGGUAUCUGAAAUGUUAACUGGAUAGUAGCAAGUAGUACUCAGAAACUUGCAUAGGAAUGAGAAGAUGUUAAUCGUAUUUGCCUUUUUAAAGCUUUACUCGACAAUAUACACAUAGGAUUGAGUAAAAAACAUAGUGACCUGAAGAAGCGCAACAGCCAAACUUGAGGUCUGAUAACAGACCUCAUGAGGAGACAAUUUAAAUACAUGGCCUUCUUUACCCCUUCAGUAAUAUUUGAAAUGAAAGGGAGAAAACCUAAUAAUAAGUUGGUUGCAAAUCCUAGACACGUGGCAAAAGAUCAACAAUAGAUCAAAUAAUCCUAUGUUUGAGAUUUUCGAACUUUGCAAACAGGUCAUCGCUGCUUUCCUGCAUACAUAGAAAUAUUGAAAAAGGAAGUCGAUCUUCAGGUCACCCGGAACACGGCAGAAACAUGUGCAAUCGAGCCAGGUUUUAUAUGGUGAUUCAGAUUUGAGGAUUCAGAUGUACCUUGGAAAGGAGAUAUCGUACGAUGAAACAAAUUGUGAAACCACGUCCUACUAAAUCCAGCAAUUUUGGGGGCUGUUAUAAGUCAACCAAGCAGGUUAAUGAGCAUUUGGUAUUAGAACUAAGUGUAGAUUUCCUGAAGGGAUAUUGUAACUUCUGUACUAGGGGGACUGAAUCAAAUGCACGAACAACAAAAGGUAGGAUCCAUAAAGCAACAACAAAAGAUAGGCUGAAGUCAUUAUAUAUCUAUAUAUAUUAUCUAUAGAGCUUCAGACUGUUAUGCAUUUCUACUUGAUCAAAAUUUAUGCUUGUCUUGAAAUAACAUGUAGGAAGGUAGCACCUGGAGAGAUUGAAUUAAAUCUAGAGUUCAAUUUGAUGUAAUUGUCAGUGGAGGAUUUUGAGAAUAGAAUUCAAGUAAACUCUACUGCUCCUGACUGCUGCCACCUGCCAGUCAUUUCUUUCCUUCUGCUUCCCAGUUGUUUCUCGGAUGUUCAAUGUUCUGCUUACAAGUCUGGUUUCACUAUGCUUUUGGUGUCUGAUACC